AUGAAUUGGCAACAUUGGGAAGAAGCCAAGCUUUCCGACGACAUCCUAAUCGCCCAAACUGAAGGCGCACACAUUAUUCCGUACUCAUAUGCCAGCCGGAAAAUCUCAACAGUGCAGACAAAGCGUGCUAGUGCCUGGACACUUCUCUAUGAAAGCUUUCCUGCUCUACGAAACACGAUACAUUCCGAGUCAAUCAAUGACCCUGCAAACGGAAUGACACUUAUCACAGACCUGCAUGCUUGGUUCGGCACCUUUCAACUGGCAUUUGAGGCCACAGAUAAAGCAAACGAGUAUAAUAUUCUUACUUUCAGAAAGCCACCAGCCACCGCCGGAACGAUUCCAGACAAGGUCACAUUCACGAACGCUGCGCCAGAUAAUAUUUCACUUCCGGACCCCGUCUGA